AUGUCCACCCUGAACAGCGAGGAGCUGUACUCCGAAAAUUACUACGACUACGGUCAAUUGAACCAUACAAGGAUCACCAACGAGACGCUCCGAGAUUCCCCUCUCAAGGAAUACUUUCAGAAUCGAACAUGGGCCAUUCUCUUCCGCGGGAUCACCACGAUAUUGCUGAGAAUCGGGUUCCUUCUAAUCCAGGUUGGUAGUGUCCCCGUGACGAACGUGAACCUGAUCCUCCUGCAGAACAUCGUGGACCUCUGCGCGACCAGUUUCUUCUAUAUCCUGGUGGGCUACGUCAUCUCCUUCAACGGCGAUAUCGGCGGCCUGAUAGGUCGAGGAUACUGGAUAGGAGACGUGGACGUCGACAAAGAAGAGGCCGUGAUAGGCUGGCAAGCCGUCCUGACGGCAUCGUCCAUCAGCACCUGCGGAAUAGUCGGCAGGACUCAUGUCCUGGCAUACCUGGUGAUCUCGAUCCUGCAGGCCAGUCUGGUGCACCCAAUGCUGAUCCACUGGGCAUGGACAUCAAAGGGAUGGAUGGUCAACGGACACCUCAACGGAAGGGACCUCUCUUUCAAGGAUCACUCUGGAGCAGGAGUCAUCCAUCUGGUUGGAGGACUAUCCGGCUUGAUUGGUUGUCUGGUCCUGGGGAGAAGGAUCCUCCGCUUAAGAGACCUAGACGAGGCCAGCGUGUCUACGGGAGGUUCCGGAACCACCUUCUCGGGGCAUCUUCUGGUACUCCUCGGUCUUCAGGGUCUGGCUCUGCCGAACCCCUCGUACGAUCUCUCCAGGAUCACCGACAAACACCUCGCCCAUGUCUUUGUGAACAACGUCCUGGCGGCUUCGAGUUGCUCCUUGCUCGUGGUGUGUCUUCAUUUCGUGGUCGGCAGGGAUGUCUUCAACUACUGGACCUUGAUGAGGUGUCUUCAGGGUGCCAUUUGUGGAGUGGUCAGCAUCGCUGGUGGAGUUGACGUCUUCUCGCCGUUUGUCUGCAUAGGGAUGUCCUGUCUUUCCGGAGUGGUGUUCUAUCUGGUGUCCAGGGAAGUUUUCAAGAGCGCGUUGGAGGACUACUGUAACAUCGUAGCGACGUAUCUGACCUCUUCUUUGCUGGGGGUCGUGUUGGUCCCACUAUGUAGAACCCUUUCUAUGGGAUACACCGAGUACUACUCGAUGCUCCUGGGUUUUGCCUGGCAUCUGAUUUGUGUGGUCGCCCUGAUAGGCACUCCGAUGUUGCUGAUAACCCCAGUCUUCCUUCUUCUGGAAUUGUGUGGAAUUCUCAGGAACCGGCCGGAAGUUCAGCAUCAUCUUAGGGCCAUCGUUGCCCUGGAAAGAGGUCCUCCCAGGUCGUACAUGCAGAGGCUGUUCCUGCCCGAUGAAGGGUCCCUCUAUUUGCAGCCAGGAUCGGUUCUCGCUCCUGGACUCGAUUCCAAUCCUGAAUCUAGACUGCUGAGGUACGAGAACGCGCUGAAAAAAGCCGAAGAAAAUAAACUCUUGGAGAUGGCUGGGGCAUCGGAGGAGAACAGGACUAGGGAGCAAGUCCUUCCUGAAAAUAGUCCCGAGGUUCCUGCGAAAGCCAGGAUUAAGAAACUGAGGCAGAUACAUACCAUCAGGUCCAAAAGUCCGGUAGGGCUGGAGGAUUCCGGAGGAAGUGGAGAGUCUUUUCGGGAGGACUUCUUUAGUGGACCUGCUGAGAUCACGUCUGGGAUCAUCCUGAAAGAAGACGCGGAUUUAGAUGGUAUGAGGAAACGUGACGGGGCUUUGGAAUUGUCAAAGUCGGGGAGCGUAGAUAUUCGAAAAGAAAAGGAAUCUCGAUAUCGACUUCAUAGGACUCCAAAGUCGAUGAAUUUACGUUUUAUGGACGAAUUGGGAGAUGGCGAGGGACGCGACGAUGCUGCGAAUUUCAAGUUCCUGGUCGAACCUAGGAGAGACUUCUCUUCCAGCUUAUCCGGGGAAGAGAACUUCGAGGAGGAAGUGAACGAGGAAAGGGGAAUAUCGGAGCUAUCAGUAAUGGUGUAA